AUGGACACUUUAGACGUGCCUGGAAAGGUAAAUGCUCGAUGCUUGGACUAUUUGCUUAUGGAGAUGGUUUCGACGUCUAUAUCAAUCUCACACCAAAAAGGAGAUCCUGUGGAGAUCCCUGAUCCAACACGAACCAUCAACAUACUUGACCAAAACUUUAUAAAUAGUGAUGAUGUUACCUUGAGGAAUGAGAAUUAUGGCUUUCAGGUUGGGAUACGCCUUUCCGAACUCUUAUUGCAUAAGGCGCCUGCUUCAUCGCCCAAGAUAUCCAACAUAUUGGAUAUCAUGAAAUUUGUGUGUAGGGAUGUUUGGAGAUGUUUAUAUGGGAAGCAAAUGGAUAAUUUGAGAACAAAUCAUAGAGGUAUAUUUGUUCUUGUAGACAAUAAUUGUCGACUUAUCAGCUCAAUGAAUAGUGCCAAGGGGGUUCCAGACUCAAUUGCGCGGGCACGCACGUUUCUAUGGUUCCCCUGUGGUUUGAUCAGAGGGAUACUACAAAGCUUUGGCAUUGAAGCCUUGGUAACCGCAGAAAUUACUCUGUUUCCUGCAGUUACUUUCAAUAUUCAAACAUCUAUAAAUAAUUAA